AUGGCCCGGCUUCUGGCCUAUCUCGCAUGCUUUGUCCUUUCUUCCCAGAUCGUGUUGGCGCAGAAGCCAACAUCCUGCGGCGAACAUAAUAAAUGCCCUGAGAACGCCCCAUGCUGCUCCCAAUAUGGUGAAUGCGGCCUGGGAGCAUACUGUCUAGGCGGCUGUGACCCCAAAUAUUCAUUUUCUCUCGAGUCCUGCGUCCCUGCUCCAAUAUGCAAAAGUAUGAAGUACAACUUUAAUAAUUUGGACAAUAUUGCCCCAAGAACAAAAUACCUCGGCGAUGCAAACAAGUCAGACUGGGUCUCGAGUGGGAACCCUCUUACCGCCAAUGGCAAUCUAGUGAUGACCAUGGCGCCGGAUACCGUUGGUACCCUCUUGUCCAGCGCUCACUACGUGUGGUACGGCAAAGUUUCUGCGACAUUGAAGACCAGUCGCGGUGCAGGCGUUAUCACUGCCUUCAUCUUUAUGUCCGAUGUGAAGGAUGAGAUUGAUUUUGAGUUUGUCGGCACUGAUCUGCAUACCGCCCAGACCAAUUACUAUUUCCAGGGCAUCACUGAUUAUACCAAAGGAAAAAAUCUCAGUGUCGACAGCAACACCUUUUCGGAUUAUCACACCUACUCAAUUGAAUGGACGCCAGACUCAGUCACCUGGUUCAUUGAUGGACAGCCUUUACGUACCGUACUCAAAAAGGAUACCUUCGACAAGGGAGACAACAAGUACCACUACCCCCAAAGUCCCUCUCGACUUCAGCUCUCCCUCUGGGCUGGCGGAAAAGAAAGCGCCCCGGAGGGAACAAUUCAAUGGGGCGGUGGACUUAGUGCUACGAUUCCACCUUCGGGUGCGAAGAUAAACGGCAGCGUUUCAUACAUCUACACGGAUGCUGCCGGGACCGAGGACACGGUUAUGAUUACGGAUAAAUCGACUGUUCUCAAAUCGUUCCUUGGCUCCGGCACUGAUAUGGGUAAAAACGAAUCGAAACCAGGUGAGACGGAUGUCCCUAUGAUUCCUGGUCUCAACGGAGCCGGCAUUGGGGCCAAUGGCCAGAUCCCAUCUGGCAACGACAGUAACGGGCCAUCCACUGAUUUCACGGGUCCAAGCGAUAAACAUGGGUCUAGCGGCGCUCCAUCUGAAAACGAACGCGUUCUCAAGGGAUCAAUAUUUGCAGUUCUCGUGGCCGUCAUGGUUUUGGUCACCAUGUAA